AAGGUGAAGUGAUGUUUUGGGAGCAGACAGGAGAGAGCGAGAGAGAGAGAGAGAGAGAGAGAGAGUGGCACAUGGGCGGGUGGUGGCAGAGAGAGAAAGGUUAGCAACUUGACUUCUUGUUGACUUGCAUCGUGCGAGUCUUCUUUUGUAGUAGGAUAGAAAAACAUUCAAUUUUUUUAAUACCCUGAAAACAUUUCUUUUCAGAGAUCACACUGGGUGGUGGUCAUUCAUUUUGCAAAACUUAUCCAGCAACUUUGAGCUUGCAAGAACUCUGAGCCUACCUUUGAUCCAGAAUAAACAAGGGAAUAUGGCUCUGUCACUCGUUACGAAUUUGCUCACAACUCUCCAACCUUUGGUUGAUAAAGAGGUGGUAUUGCUUUGGGGGGUUGGCAAAGAGAUGACAAAGCUGUCAAGCACGCUCUCCACGAUCGAGGCAGUCCUCGAAGAUGCAGAGAGAAAUCACCAAGAAGAUAGAGCAGUACAAGAUUGGUUGCAAAAGCUUAAAGAUGCUGCUUACGAGGUCGAUGACAUCUUGGAUGAAUGCUCCACGGAAAUCCUCCGAUGGGAAUCUAAAGGCCAAAGUUCUGGGUCUCUGAAGAAGGUAGGUACUUCUUUGCUAUACCCUUUCAAAAACGUUAUAUUCCGUCACAGGAUAGGGCAUAUGGUGAAAGAGAUCUCAGAGAAAUUAGCUGCGAUCGCUGAUGAGCGCAGCAAGUUUCACUUUCGUAACAUGGUAGUGGAGAGCCGAGAUGAAUUCACUAAAAGUCGUGAAACUAGCUCCCUUUUAACUCUACCAGAACUGAUUGGGAGAAAUCAAGAUAAAGAAAAGAUUAUAAAAGUUUUGUUGGAGGACGCACUUGAGAGGGACGAGGAGGUUUCUGUGUACCCCAUAAUCGGUAUGGGAGGGCUCGGAAAGACGACGCUGGCGCAAGCUGCCUUCAACGACGAGAGAAUGAAGAUCCACUUCGACCUUAGGAUAUGGGUUUAUGUAUCUCAAGAUUUCGAUCUUAAAAGAGUGAUAAAAUCAACCAUAGAAUCCAUAUCAGGGGACACUUGUCAAGUGUCAGACUUGGAUUCUCUACAGAAAAAACUUCGAGAGAUGUUGAAUGGGAAAAGAUUUCUGAUUGUGUUGGAUGAUGUAUGGGGCGAAGGUCAAGAGAAGUGGGAUAAGUUGAGGUACACAAUAGCAUGCGGAUCUAAAGGUAGUUCUAUUAUCGUCACUACUCGUGUUGCAAAGGUUGUAUCAAUCAUGGGAACUCUCCCAACUCACUACUUGUCCUAUUUAUCGGAAGAAGAUUGCUGGCUGUUGUUUAAGCAACGUGCAUUUGGAAAUGGCAAUGAAGAGCGUCCAAACCUGGUGGCUAUUGGGAAAGAUAUAGUGAAAAAGUGUGGGGGUGUACCUUUAGCUGCUACAGCUCUUGGAGGGCUCCUGCGGUUCCAACGUGUGGAAAGUAAGUGGCUUUCUAUUAAAGAGAGUGAAAUUUGGAACUUACCGCAGGAUGGAAAUCCCAUCUUGCCAGCCUUGAGAUUAAGUUACUAUAAUCUCCCAUUGGAAUUCAGACGAUGUUUUGCUUAUUGUGCCUUCUUUCCAAAGGGUUCUAAAAUUGAAAAAGGAAAUUUAAUUCGUCUUUGGAUGGCCAAUGGCUAUAUAUCUCGCAAAGACAAACAAGAAGUUCUUGGUGACCACAUUUGGAGCGAACUAUGCUGGAGAUCUUUUUUCCAACGUUUGGAUAAACCUGAAACUGAAACAUAUAGAUCGCUCACAUCAAAACGUUGUGAAAAAGAGUGUGAGAUAUGGUUCAAGAUGCAUGAUCUUGUGCAUGAUCUCGCUCAAUAUAUCAUCAAGGAUGAACGCCAUAUGAUGGAGUAUAGAGGUUCCAGUGAUACAAGUGAUAGAAAAGUUCGCCAAGUCUCCAUAAGGAUGUUAAGAGAGGGAGAUCAAGCAACAUAUUCCCCCUUUCAACCAGACAAGUGUGAUUUUAGAAAAUUUGGCUCACUGCGAGUAUUUGAGGCAAGGGGCAUUCAAAUGAUGAAGUUGCCAUCCUCAAUUGACAAGUUGAAACACUUACGGUAUUUGGACAUUUCGGGCUCAGAAAUCAAUCAUCUUCCUAAUUCAAUUUGUACCUUGUGGAAUUUGCAGACAUUAAUUCUAGAUAGAUGUAGACACCUCAAGAGACUGCCCAAUAAUAUGAAAUGCUUGAGAAAUCUGCGACAUCUGCACCUGUCAAGCUGUUCGUUGAUGGAAAUGCCCCCUGAAAUUGGUCAAUUAACUUGCUUGAAGGAAUUGAGUUUAUUUGUUGUGGGUAAGAACAAAGGUUGUCACCUAUCUGAAUUGCAACACUUAAACUUGGGAGGUGUACUUCGAAUCGAGCACCUGGAGAGAGUGAAGAAUCCAAUGGAUGCUAAAGAAGCCAAUUUAGUGGGAAAACACAACUUACGCAUGCUGAUACUCUGUUGGGAAGAUAAUGAUGAAUCUGAAUCACAAGAAAAUGUCGAAGAACUAAUUGAAGCCCUUGAACCACAUCCAAACAUUGAGAAGUUGGUCAUAAAGAAUUACUAUGGCACCCACUUGCCACACUGGAUGAUGGAUCUUAAAAAUAUAGAUCUUAUUGAGCUCAGAAGUUGCAAAAAUUGCUUAAAACUUCCACCAAUUGGACAACUACCUUUGCUGCGAAGGCUGUCAAUUUGGAGUAUGGACAAGGUCAAUUAUAUUGACGAUGAUUUGCCCGACGGAGGCCCAGUUAGAGGAUUCCCAUCUUUGGAAGUGUUGAUGCUGGAUAAUUUGUCAAGUUUGACAGGUUUAUCAACAAAGGAGGGAAAAGAAUUGUUCCCUCUACUUCGCAGGAUGGAGAUCGCUGGUUGUUCUAACUUGAGCUUCCGGAGUAUUUCCUCGCUGAAAACCUUAUCAGUUGUGGGACCUUGCAUCAACGUGGUACUGGAGUCAAUCUCAACUUUUGAAAGUCUCACUUCUCUUGUAUUUGAUAGAAAUGACGAGGCUAUUUGUUUUCCAGAAGAGGUUCUGAGAAACCGAACUCUUCUCAAGUCACUUCGCAUUGAUCGGUUUACAAAGCUAAAAUCACUUCCUAAUGGCCUUGCACACCUCACGGCAUUGAAGUCGUUGUCCAUCCAUAGUUGUCAUAAGCUCAAGUCUUUGCCAGAGGAAGGGCUACUAGGUCUUGAAUCUCUCCAACGUCUGUCAAUCUGCAACUGCAUAGAGUUUAGUUCCUUGUCUGAGGGCUUGCAACAUCUCGUUUGCUUGGAGUCAUUGGAGAUUAUUGCGUGCCCAAAGCUGGUGGCUCUGCCAGAGGGCGUUAAACACCUCAAAUCCCUUCAACGCCUACAAAUGGGUGGGUAUUCAGAUGUGUCGGUGGCUUUGCCUGAGACCUUGCAACAUGUCCCUGCAUUACAAUAUCUAGAUAUUUCCUAUCCAACACUGACAUCAUUGCCAGACUGGCUGGGGAACCUUACAACUCUUCAGUCAUUGAUCAUCUCUCGCUGCCCAAAGAUUUCAUCACUUCCAGCUAGCAUUCAAAGGCUUACCGGACUCAGAAGGUUGACAAUUGCCGAAUGCAGUCCUGAACUAGCUAGGCGAUGUGAGAAAGGAAAGGGCGAGGAUUGGCAUAAGAUAGCACAUAUUCCACAAGUCAAUGUCUACGCACCUGCAAAGCCAAAGGCCUGCUGCUUCGGAAUUAUGCGAUUGUCCGAGUCAGACUCCGAGUCAGACAUAGUUUCUAGUAACUGGUUACAAUUGCAAUAUGAUGGCAGCUCGUUCAGAAGUGGUUGCAGCCUCAGUUCGGAUGCAUUGCCGGCGGAAGCUUGUGGGCUGCUCAGGGGGAUGUCGGUUCGAGUAAGCCAUUACAUUUUGUCCAAUGCAGAACGCACAGGGCAAUGUCGGUUCUGUCUUUGAAGCUAUGCGCUUGCGUUUGUGUCUGUACUAUUGCUUAUACUCAGUACUUAUGUAUCUUUGUGAUUUAGACUAAUAGAUAGAGAUAUUGAUGCAAACUGCUUGCUGUUUUACCGGAUAUUUAACGGUGUUAUGUUUGUGGCUGAUGGGGCCGGCCACUGGGUGUUAUGUUUGAGAACCUAUAUUAUUUUCUCUGCAUUGUCUUAUGUAAUUCCCGAUUUGAACGUGAUUUUAUCGUCCUUUUACCGGUGAAA